AUGGUGCCAUUAGCAUGUUAUGGUCAACAUUUUGUACCAUUAGACUACUUCUACCAACUGGCCUCGGCCAAUUCAUUAACACAUCAAAAUACAGGUGAAAAACUAAAUCAAUUCAAUAACCAACCUGAGGCCAAAGUGCAAUCCCAUAGCAAUCACUUUGCAGUACCUCCAGUGGGCUCCAACAGGAAGGUCCAGAGACGCUCAGUAUUGCCUUCUCCCAAAUCCCAGGACAAAAUUUCACAGAUCUUCUGUGAUAGGACUCUGAAUUUGCCAUUGUCCCAUGCCAAGCAUCAGAAGACACCUUCACGAGGCCUCCCCUGGAGAAGUUCAUUGUGGCCUGCUCAUAGAGCCCUGAGCUCUCAUUUGUUGUACUCCAAAGCUCAAACAACAUCUUUAUCUGACCUCAACAAGACGUCAUCACUGGAGCUCAAUCAAACAGUCUUGAGUUCACAAUUACCCUUCUCUAAACCUCAAACAACAUCUUCAAGCCUAGAUGUUUGCUGGGGGUCACCUUCAUUGAAGUCUAAUCAAAGAGUCUCAAGUUCAUCAUUAUUUCCUCUCCAAAAUCGAGAAAUACCUUCCGUAAACAUUGUUUGGGCAGCAUCUUCAUUGGGAUCCAAACAAAGAGCACUUAGCUCAACAUUACCUCAAUCCAAACUUCAGAACACAUCCUCAUUGGACUGCUUCUGGACAUCUUUACUACAGCACAAUCAGAGAUCUUUGAGUUUACCAUCACUCAACACAAAACUCCAAACAGGUGACUUACUUGGGUCACCACCUUCUUUCAAACCCAAUCAAAUGGCUCUUACCUCUCCAUUUCUUGACUCUAGACUUCAGAAAACAUCUAUAUUGAACUCUAACCCCACUAUUGUAAGCUUACCAUUGUCCCAUUCAAAAGCAAGGGAAUCAUCAUCAUCAUAUUUUGUCCACCCAUCUGAGAGUUUACCAUCAUUCCAGCUCAAUUCUCAGUCAAUGUUUAUGCUUGAUUGUAAUUCCCAGACCCCCAGUUCACCUGUCUGUCACUUCAAGUUUCAGAAUACCACUUCACCAAAUGACAAACACAGAGUCACACACCUACCAUCACCCCAUCCAAAAACAAAUGUCUCAGGUCAAUUAUUAUCAAGCUCCAAACGCUGCACCAGAAACACAGCUGCUUCAACAUUGGGUUUCAGACUCCAGAGUAAAAGCAGCUGUGAUUUUUCUCCAGAGACAGAACCAAAUAAAGAAAGUCAAUGGAAUUUAAAGUAUAGUCAGCCCUGUGUUGUUAAAGGUGGAACUGUCCCUGAUGAUGUGGUAAAUACAAUUGUCAAUUCUAUCUCAAAGACCAGAAUACAGAGGGAUCUCUGUAGGCAGAUUUUGCUUCGAAGGAUGAGGGGAAGGCCAAAUCCUCGUCCUGGUCCUCGCCUGUCAUCAAAUUAUAUGGUUUGCUUAGCUUGUGCUUCCUGCAUAAAAUCUCCAUGUAACCAUCUUGCAGGGAAGAAAAAUCCUCGUUGUGCAACACUUUUUGUCAUACCAACACCUGAGGCCAAUUCUGAGGGCAAAAUAGAGGUGAAAUUAGUUCUUAUCCUUUCUCUACCAGAGACUUUCUCAUCUUCUCUCCCAUUCCCUAUGAAAGAAAACCAGCCUGGUGAAGCCCCUGAAAACAACCUUGAAGGAGUAGAAAACAUGCCGCAGUUUCCCCCCACAUCUGAACAGGAUAUCCAGGGACUUAGUAAGAAGCAGAAAUGGUUGAUGGCAGCCCCUGAAAACAAAGUUAUAGGCCAACAGACCCAGGCUAUUGACUGGCUGUUUUAUGUUAAAAAAAAUAAUUCUCAGCCACAAUCCCUGCUCCCACCCUCCUCUUCCUCCUCCAUUUCCUUUUCCUCCUCUUACUCUGUUGCCUCUGCCUCUUCUUCCUCCUCUUCUUCAUCUUCUUCCUCCUCUUCCUCUUCCAUCUCACCCUUUUCUCACCCUUAUUCCAAUGAGUUUUUGACACCCACACUCUCAUGUCGUGUAUUCCCUAAGGUACUCAGUUACCAUCGGUUGCCUCCAGGGGUCAACUGGCUUGAGUUCAUAAGCAGUAAAGAUUACCAGCUGCAUCCCAGAAAACCAAAUAGAAAUCAGUCAUCAUCUCCCAGAACAAAGCCUGUGAGGAAUAUCAAUGCAGGAAAAUGGAGAAAGGGACCCAACACACUGUUCAAAUUUUUUCGGAAAAUGAGAAAUUAUGAUUAA